ACUGAGUAGGUUGUCGUAUAUUCAAAUUAGUUUCGAUUGCCUGUACAGUUCAGAUAUGCAAGGUGUUGCCGCAUCUGUUACUGAUACUCUUGGAAAUAUCAAACCAUGGCUUCAGAAAGUAACAGCUCAAUCAAAGCCUACGGAUGCCCGGUACUUCACGACAACGAAAAAAGGUGAAAUUUUUGAGCUGAAAGCCGAAUUGAAUAGUGAGAGAAGAGAAAAAAAGAAGGAAGCUGUUAAAAAGGUCAUAGCCAGUAUGACUGUAGGUAAAGAUGUUAGUGCUUUGUUUCCAGAUGUAAUCAACUGUAUGCAAACUGACAAUUUGGAACUCAAGAAGCUUGUAUACCUGUAUCUUAUGAAUUAUGCCAAAACACAGCCUGAUACUGCAAUAAUGGCUGUGAAUACCUUUGUAAAAGAUUGCGAUGAUCCCAAUCCACUUAUUAGGGCGCUUGCUGUACGAACAAUGGGAUGCAUACGUGUUGAGAAAAUAACCGCCUAUCUCUGUGACCCACUCCGUAAAUGUCUUAAAGACGAAGAUCCGUAUGUCCGCAAGACAGCUGCUGUUUGUGUAGCAAAGCUGCAUGAUAUAGAUGCUCAGUUAGUGGAAGAUAGUGGAUUUUUGGAACUUUUGAGGGAUUUGUUAUGUGACAGUAAUCCCAUGGUAGUCGCUAAUGCUGUUGCAUCAAUAACUGAAAUAUUGGAGAUGACAAAUUCUGAUUCUGCGAGGUCCUUACUUGCCUUCGACGGCCCAGUAAUUAACAAACUCUUGACAGCUCUUAAUGAAUGCACUGAGUGGGGACAAGUUUUUAUACUUGAUGCGAUUGCAGAUUACACACCUGGCGAUGAUCGUGAGGCACAAAGUAUCAUCGAACGCGUAUCUCCGAGACUAGCGCACGCAAACGCUGCUGUUGUUCUAUCAACUGUUAAAGUCAUCAUGAAAAUGUUAGAAAUGGUUGAUCCUGCUUCCGAAACUGCGUCGACUGUAAUUAGAAAGUUGGCACCCCCACUUGUAACAUUACUUUCUGCGGAACCAGAAAUUCAGUAUGUGGCUCUGCGCAAUAUUAACUUAAUUGUUCAAAAGCGUAGAGAUAUUUUAAAGCAGGAAAUAAAAGUAUUUUUUGUCAAGUAUAAUGACCCGAUCUAUGUGAAACUUGAGAAACUAGAUAUAAUGAUACGUCUCAUCAAUCAGUCUAACAUUGGUCAGGUGCUUGCUGAACUGAAAGAAUACGCAAAAGAAGUUGACGUGGAUUUUGUCCGGAAAGCUGUUCGUGCAAUAGGGAGAUGUGCUAUCAAGAUUGAAUCUGCCGCGGAGCGUUGUGUGUCUGCAUUAAUUGAUCUUAUCCAAACAAAAGUUAAUUAUGUCGUUCAGGAAGCAGUUGUAGUGAUCAAGGACAUAUUUAGGAAGUAUCCGAAUAAAUAUGAGAGCAUCAUCUCCAUCCUGUGCGAGAAUCUUGAUACAUUAGAUGAGCCUGAGGCACGUGGGUCAAUGAUUUGGAUCAUUGGAGAAUAUGCUGAAAGAAUUGAUAACGCUGAUGAACUACUUGAAUCUUUUCUAGACGGUUUUCAGGAUGAAAACACACAAGUGCAGUUACAGCUGUUAACUGCAAUAGUAAAGCUAUUUCUUAAAAGGCCAUCUGAUACACAGGAACUUGUCCAAACUGUCCUUGGUUUGGCUACACAAGAGUCUGACAACCCAGAUCUUCGUGAUAGGGGUUAUAUCUAUUGGCGUUUAUUGUCUACAGACCCGGCAGCUGCUAAAGAAGUUGUACUCGCAGAAAAACCACUUAUUUCGGAGGAGACAGAUAUGCUUGAGCCAACGUUAUUGGAUGAACUCAUUUGUCACUUAGCAAGCCUAGCUAGUGUUUAUCACCGACCGCCAAGUUCUUUUGUCGAAGGUAGGCAUGUAGCUCGGCGUCAACUUCCAGCACGCGUAAAUGGGGUCUCCUCGGCUCCUGGAGUAAAUUAUGGUGAUUCACAACAAGUAGAUGUUCCAGUUCCUACAGUUAUCCCAACUCAGGAGACAUUAAUUGGUGACCUAUUGGAUAUUGAUCUUGGAAGUGGGCCAUCUACAUAUGAUUCGACGAUGCAUCAGUUCUCUCGUCCUCCUGUACCAAAUACUGGAUAUAGUUCAGCGACCCCUGAUCUUUUAGGUGAUGGCUUAGACGAUCUCCUACCUGGUGUUACUAAAACUCAUCCAAGUGAAGAACAGAAGACUCAGUCUGGUGGAGCAUCUUCAUCUGCUGCUGACGUGUUGGCAGAUAUUUUUGGAGGAAUCAAAAUGUCUGACCUUUCUGGUGAUGCUAGCUCCUUUGUGCCACCUGCAACUGUUUUACUGGAAGCUGCUCGUGGUAAAGGUCUCGAAAUUCGUGGUACAUUUUCUCGUAAGACAGCUACCGCACAAGUUUUUAUGGAGCUAACAUUGACCAAUAAUGCACUAACUCCCAUGUCUGGAUUCGCUAUACAAUUUAAUAAAAAUAGCUUCGGCUUAGUUCCAGCCCAAGCACUAAAUGUCCCUACUCCUUUGAUGCCUCGUCAAUCUGUUAAUGUAUCCCUUCCGUUAGCAACUACUGGUCCUGUAAUGAAGAUGGUUCCACUUAUGAAUCUACAGGUGGUUUUUCUCACAUUUUCUAAAAUCAAUUUAUUACAACGAUCUCAUUAUUUUAUAAGGUAGAAAUACUUGCAAUCAAAUAAAUUAAUAAGUCUUGUAGAUAGUUGACGAACUACUUAUUUUUAUGAUUGUAUAACUAGGUAGAUUUUUCCUUCGUUGUUUACAACCUUUGUUUAUACGUCCACCUUUCAAGUAACAAAAACAUGGACUCCUUUUUCUACAAAGUCCAUUCUUUGUUGCGCCGUAAAAUUGAUGUGCCUAUGACACUCAUCUGGAUCAUUCUCUGGGCCUCAAAACAAACAUGUAUUCUUCCCGUUGGUAAAAUAGUUCUUACUUGUAACGUAUUGUCGUGCUUUAGUAACGGAAAGUUUAUUUAACCACGGAGUUGAUUGUACUACUGACAAACCUACUCAGUGAUUAUGUCUGAGAGCUUGUGUUCUUGUUCUUCACUCAUAAUUGCACUAAGUGUAACCCACUUUCGUUUUAAUUUAGUGGGUAAUUGUUUAACCACAAGCUCUAAUAUGGACAUAAAAUUUAAUUCAGAUUCGAUAUUCAACUAUAUUAGUGUACUUAUAUAUAAUUGGAUUGCCUAGAAAUAUGAUGAAGUCUCUUGAAUAAUCUCUUACCUUUUGACCAUCACCCUCCAUAGUUUCAAACACUACAAGCCACCACUGAUAAUCUUCCGAGUCGUUUAAAUAUAUGUCUAGCUUCUAUGUGAACAGAUGAGGUAGGCGAAAAUUUUCAACACUGAAUCUUGUACAUGGCCUCAUUUGAAAAGUCAGUCUGUUCCGAUAACAUUUCUAAUUCCUUCACAAAACUGGAGCAAUCUACCAAAUCCAGAUUUAGACGAAAUUUAGAAAGCAGUUAAUGGAACUUGGAGAUCAAUUAUGACUAUCACAGUUGGUAGAGUAAUUCUGAAAUUGGAGAAUCGCAGACAGUAACUAACUUCUACCGAAGACCAAAACUAGAACGAGUGAGUAAUGAAACAGGACGCCUGUUUAUUUGAUAGGAACUAUUAAUUCAAAUAGCUGGUACAGUAUAAUUUACUUACCAACAACGUUUACUACAAUGUCUGGAGGACUAUGAUAGUAGUAAUUAAAUAAUUAUUGAAUUGAAUAUUUUCUUCCACUCUAUUUUGUAUUUCAUGUACUAAAAUUAUUUUAUGCCUUACUGUACUUGUACGCAUUUAGAUUCUGAUAACAGGAAAUUGAUAAAAACAUUGUGUUAGAUUCUAUAUUGCAGAAUUAAAGUAUGCUAACGUCUUAAAGCGAUCCUACCUGCUUCGGUUUGGGCACUCGGGCAGUAUCACAGCCCUCACACAUAUCAAAUGAGAUUUGUGUGGCGCAUAUGUAUUUGGUGCCUCCUUGUACCAAUAUCUAUGUGUUAAAAUAAAAAAUAAAUAAUCCUAUGAGUGACCUUCAGCUUAACUAAUCAGGAGUUAGACAGCCACUCAUAUAAAAGCUAUUCCUUAAUAGUUCAAGGUUAUUAAAAACGAUUGCCAUCCAUGUCAUCAUUCAAAUUAACUCAAAUCCGAGAUUUAUUUAGAAACAUGGUUUCCAGUGGCAGGUUGUCCGUAAGUGCGUCUUAAAAUCACGCUUCAGUUCAACAAUCUCCAUUCUGAGUGGUCAUUUCUGUUUGUUUCAAAGCCGUCAGUAUGGUUUAGUUCUAUGGUGUUCUAUAUGUAAUUAUAAUUAAACGGCUCCAAAGAAACUAGAUAAAUAACUAUUUCAUAAUAGGUUAUGACCACGUUGUGAUAAAAAAAAGAGUGCAAUACUGUGAAUUAUUUGUUUUUUGUGAGAUGUAAUUUUAACCAAAAAUCAAUCAUUACUUGUUGUCUACAGUGAUUAUAUUAAUUAAUCAGUUACCGUCCCUUUUUUCUAACCUAUGUUUGGUCAGAAUUCAUCAAAAUCUGUAUGCUAAGAGUGUAAAGAAACAUUUGUAAAAACUAAAACGUUGACAAGUAUCAUCUUAGGAAUUCGGGUUUUGAAGUAGAAACCGCACUAGCACAAGUUAGAACAGAAUAUUUUUUGGUAAUAAAAAUACCAAGUCCUAUUUCUUGAAUUAUUUAAAAGCUAGUAAAGAUUUCAUGCCAUGUGGUUUUUGUCUGGAAUACAACAGAAUAAAGUCCAGAAUACUUUAAAACAUUUAGUAUGAAGAUUACAGUUGUUAGUAUAUAUAUAACCUUUUUCAGUGCUUUAGCAACACGCAAACGCCACGGUUUAGUUCAAUUGUUUUUAAUACAUCCAAAAUAUUCAAUUUCGUGCUGUCAUUACUUUUGAUUUCUUCGAUUCUCCCCUCACUGUGUUGGUUCGAUGCACAUCUGCACCUUAUCUUACAUUGUUUAUGACUGGCUACAUAAUUUCUAAUUACUAUGUUACACUUUUCAUGAUAUAUUAUAUUUUUGCGAUCACUAGUAGUGUUUCUGUUUUGUUUAAACAAGUGUUAGCUAAUUGUAAAUUUCAUGCUUGCUCGUGUUUUCUACUUCUUAUUUUUUAAUAGAUUGCUGUCAAGAAUAAUAUUGACGUAUUUUACUUUGCUACGUUGGUACCAAUGCAUAUUUUGUUUGUCGAAGAUGGAGAAAUGGAUAAACGAGUUUUUCUAGCUACUUGGAAAGAUAUACCUAGUCAAAAUGAACAACAGUUUACUUUGAGUCCAAAAAAUCUCACUGCUGAUGCUUGCAGCAGUAAAUUACGUCAAAACAAUGUAUUCACUAUUGCUAAACGUAAUUUGGAUGGUCAAGAUAUGCUUUACCAAUCUAUGAAGCUUACAAAUGGUAUUUGGGUAUUAGCCGAAUUAAAAAUUCAACCGGACAAUCCGUCGUUUAUUUUAUCUUUAAAAUCACGUACAAUGGAUGUACAUCCUGGUGUUCAAUUGGCGUUCGACGAAAUUUUAAAUCAUUGAUUAUAAUUUAUUCUCUUAUAAUUAUUUACUACAACUAAUGAUUAGCUUGAUCAUUUCUUUUCUCUACUGAUAAUAAUAUUACUACUAGGUACUACUAAUUUCAAUCGUUAACUGUGGUGUGUUCCUUUAAAUGUGGUGUACACACUAAUUUAAGUUCGUUUUGUUUUAGCAUUCAGGAUUUAAAAAGAAAGUACCUGUGGCUUUAUUGUGUGUGUGUGUGUUGUUAUUUCAGUUUACCAAUUGUUGUUGAUUACUUUUAUUUAUUCAUUUCAUUCCAUUUAUCUUUUGCAUAGCUAUAUCCAUACUUACUAUGUGAUUCCAACUCGAUUAUCAUAUCACAAUUGUUGUGUACCGUUUAUCAUUCACUGCUCAUAUUCAAAUUGAUUUAAAUAAAUACGUUUAAGUUGUAGU